AUGAACAACGAAGCAGUGUUGAGAGAUACGAUUUGCGGACCCUUCUUUCGCCACACCCAACUGGACCGCGGGGAAGAUUCGAUUCGCCUUGUCAAAGUACUGCACGACCUCAGCGCAGAUGGACUUGUCCAGUGCAGUAUAAACCAUGUGAAGCUCUCUCCCGGAGCGGCAGACGGCGCUCUCAUCUUACAUCUGGGCAGUCCGCGAGAUCGAGGUACCAUUACAGUCAAUAGAAAGAUCUUGACUGUGCGUAAAAAUCUGGAGAAUUUUCUGCAAGUUGCCAAAACACAACUUGCCUAUGGGUUCUUUUGGAUGGAUGCCAUUUGCAUCGACCAAGAUAAUGCAGCGGAGCGGGACUAUCAAGUGCAACGGAUAGGCGCUACAUUUGCGAAAGGGAAGAUGUUUGUCACAUGGUUGGGUUGUGAGCCGGAUUUGGAGCGAAUGAUACAUCUACUU